AUGGGUAAGCAGCCCUCCCAGGACAUCUCCGCCGCCUCCGUGGUGGUCGCCCUCAACUGCACUGAGGACUUGGUGCCCUGGCUUGCAGAUUUCAGCAGAACUUACCACCGCUGCCACGCCUACCUCUCCCUUCUCCUCUGCGUCCUGGGCAUAUGCAUGAAUAGUUUCAAUGUGAUUGUCCUUAUGCAAAGCCAUAUGCGCAACUCCAGCAACCUCCUGCUCUCUAUGAUCGCUGUCUCCGACAGUCUGGUGAUGUCCAUCUACAUUGUCUACGACACCAACUUCCGGAUUUCACCCCGACUGGAGAACGGUAUGCCUCAACGCCUGGCCUACGUCCUCCUAAUUUGCAUUGUCGCUCAGAAUGUCUUUCACACCUUCUCCACCUGGACUAUUGUUGUGCUGGCUGCCUACCGUCUCGUCUACGUGCAUGCGGGUACACGAGCACGUCGAGUCUGCAGUCGACCCCGGAUAAGGCUGUUGAUGGUUUUAGUGGCUUUUAUGUCUCUGCUUUUGACCGUGCCCCUACUCAUAGCUCACAGGGUGACAUUUCAUCACCAGUAUCGGUCAGUGUGGGCGAACAGAAACAGUAGCAACGCCACCACCGCCGCCGUCGCCAACACCAGCGAGGAGCUCUACGAGGUAGACUACGUUGACAAUCCCGUCCUGCAGACCAUCCUGUUCUUCAACUCCGCCCUCCUGGUCAAGGCCAUUCCCAUUCUUCUCAUGGCAUCCAUGAGUGCGCUGCUGAUAAGGAAGAUCCGAUCAACGCGACGCUGCAGACAGAGGGUGAAGCAGAACGACUCCAUGCGGUCGUCUGUGGUGACGAUGAGUGGACCACAGAACGAUGGUGGAUUACCACUGUUGUUUUUUAAAUCCUGUCGUGGAUAUGACAUCUGCCAUCACAUUACGCAGCCCACAAGGAUGCUUCUAGCCGUCGUUGUGAUGUACAUAGUGGCAUAUCUUCCACAGGCAAGUUGUUUCUUUUUGAGACGAAAUCAGUGUAGUGAGUUUUUGGACUAA